CACGGAGUGGGGUUACGCGCGGCUCACGUUUCGCAAAAAAAAAACGCGCGUGACACGUAGGUUGUUUCCAGAAAACAGAUCGACGAUAAGGUGGCAUAUGUUCCGUUGAACGAGAGCCGGCGUACGACACGAAAGCAAGAGUGAUGGGAAUCGACAGUAUGAGAGUCAGCGGUGGCAGAUGCCCGCCCCUCUUAGUCGGAGGACUUCUGCUGGUGUGCCUCAUGCUCGUCUGCAGCUGGUGGACUCUGUCUUCCGAGAAUCUGGAGCUCAUCAGGCAGAUCGACGACCUGAACGAACAGCUUAAGAUAAGUGCUGAAGAAAGAGAUCAGUGCGUAACAUUGCGUGGUAACUUGGAACAAAGGUUUAAGCACACAGAAGAUGAGUUGGCUUCCUUACAUGUCCGCUUGGAGCAACAGUUGGAUUUUAAAAAGAAAAAUGAGGAACUCGAAGAUUCAGUUACUAUGUGCAAAAGUGAGCUAGACUCGCUAAACAAACUGGACGCCACGAAAACUGCAACGUUAGAAACACUAAGAUUAGAAAAGGAUACAAUUAAUACUCAAUUAGAUGUGAAGCGAGAUGAGAAUAAAAAACUUCAAGAAGAACUAGAUAAACUGAAAGGAGAAAUAGAUCAACUCAAGCUUGGUUGCAAUUCACCACCUGAGAAGAAAGAGAUUUCAAAUCUUGAACCACCAACGACAGUGGUCAUUAACAAGCCUCAGUUGCAUCCUGUACUGGAGUCUGCUGUAAGAGUAUCCGUAGCUGGUCAGCGAGGUUUGAUGUUCCACGGAACUCCGAUCCUACCAAGCAACCCACCUGGUGCUGUGCGCCAAACUCCUCGUUUCUCAGUGACUAUGUUGAAGAAAGUUGAAACGGAAUCGAAACGAAUCAAUGACACGACGAAUAAUUCCGCAGAGCAGGAUAAUCCAGUUGCCAACAUUUUGGACGAUCCUGAAAAUCGUGCACGUGAUAACAAUGGAGAUGACGUACAAAACACAGAGGAUACGCUAUUUCCAGACAAUUAUGAAGAAGAUGAUAAAAUGCAAGAUGUCACAAAGAAAUCUAGUAGCAAAAUUAUGUCAGUAUUACGAAAUAUAACUUAGACAUAAAUAAUGCAAUCUUGCAA